AUGAAUGACGAGCAAAAGCUGGAGGAUCUCCGCCGAAGGCUCGAGAGGGAGAACGAAAUCCUCAAUGCCACCCGCAAUAUCCGCAAGAUUCAGGAGAGUGAGGCGGCCAAGGCUUCGAGCGAUAUCACUAUUGAAGAAACCCAGCAACGCAUCGACUACUUCCAGAACGAGAUGAACAAGCUGCUCUCGAGGAUGUUGGACGGCCCCGGCCCGGGGCCCAUGAACGCGCCCAUGAACGCGCCCAUGAAUACUGGUGGAUCAGGUCAGUCAAUUCAGUCGUCCCACAGUCGUCAACCAUCCAACUCCAGUUUCAACCCUGGCUCUUCAGAUGACCCCUCGUUAAAUAGACCAUUGUCGACAGUGGACCUGCUGAAGACUUCCAGAACAAUCACUACGAACAAGGUCGUUUACAAAAUGCACGAACUGGCAUACAAACUGGAGGUCGAGAAGAAACUGAAGCUGGCAUCGGAGAAACUGGAGCAGUUGGGGAUGAAUGCCAAAGAUGGAAACGAAGAGAGCAGCGAAAAGGUCGUUCUUUUGAAGCGUGCUCUUCAAAAGUAUCAGGGGCUCUACAUCCCAAGUCAAAAUGACGAUACGAUGGAGUCUCCAGGAAUGGCUCUCCGGCGCCCUAUGACCGGUAUUCUGCAUGUCCGUAUUGCUGGGAUCAAGCAUCAGAGCAAUGCCCCAACCCGCGAUUCUCGACCCGCAGAGUCUAUGGCUGUGAUCAAGAUCGACGGUGCUUUGAAAGGAAAAACGAGGAUGGCCCGUAACGGAACAAUGGGUAUUCGAUGGAACGAAGACUUUGACAUCCCUGUCCGCAAAGCGAGCGAGAUCGAGAUCACGGUGUAUGACAGGCCCGAUCACACAGCGGUGCCUAUCGGCAUGUUCUGGCUCAAAAUCUCUGAUCUUGUCGAAGAGCUGAGGAGAAGAAAAGUCGAAGCCGAUAACGACGCAGCCAGAGCAGCCGGUGAUGUUCAUGAUCUAGCUGUCAAAAGUCCCGGUUCCCGCCAUCGUUCGAUUUCCUUUGGUGAACCUGCCUCCAACGCUGUGGAUGGUGUGGAUGCAUGGUGGGACCUAGAGCCGGCUGGACAGAUUGGAAUCAAAUUUAGUUUCGUUAAGGACGUGGCUGUACGAAAGCGACCCUCGAAACUGGGCCGUCAAGGAGCUGUCCGCAAACGCAAGGGUGAUGUGCAGGAGGUUCAAGGCCACAAGUUCAUGUCUCAAAAAUUCUACCAGAUCAUGAUGUGUGCCCUCUGCAACGAACUGUUCACAGGGAAAGGAUCACAGUGCGAAGAUUGCGCCUUUACAUGUCAUACGAAAUGCGCGGAAAAGGUUUUUAUCAAGUGUAUUUCCUCCAGCACUGCUGAGGAUCCCGACGAAGCCAAGCUGAACCACCGCAUUCCUCAUCGUUUCGAAACGUUCACGAACUUGUCCCCGAACUGGUGCUAUCACUGCGGUCAUAUGUUGACCUUUGGACGCCGACACAAGAUGUGCACUGAGUGCCCAGUGUUCGCGCACGAUGGAUGCAGCGACCUCGUCCCGAACCACUGUGGUAUGCCCGCAGAAACGGCCAACAAGCUGAUGGAGGAGAUCAGACGUCGCAACCAAAGUAGCAGACAUCAAAGAGCAUCCCCAGAUAUCAAACGCAGCCCGCAACAGACGCCUUCAGCUGCGACCGAGGCGCAAUCCCCUGAUGUUGAGCAGGAGCGCCUCCAGCAGCAAAUGGAACAAAUGAAGUUGCAACAGCAACAAGAGCAGGAGGAUCAGCGUCUGGCGGAGGAGAAGCGACAGCAUCAGCAGCAGCAGAAGGCACAGAUGCUGCAGCAACAGCAGGCAUAUCAACAGCAAUUGCAGCACCAGCAGCAAGAAUCCGAGCACGCCUACAAGCAGGAGCAAACAGCUGUACAGACCAGUCGACCGGACGCUAUUCGAGACGUUGAUCCUUUUCGCAGAGAGCAACAGCGGCUGGAGCUGUUACGCUUGGAGCAGGAACGCACUCAGCAAUACCAGCAGCAACAUCAGCAACAACAACAGCAACAACAGCGCCCUUUCCCGGUCAUGCCCAAGCCUCAUAUGCCGACCUUGAAAAUCGUGAACAAGCAAUCUGCCCAGACUCAGCCCUCGCGCAAGUAUGGCUUGAACGAUUUUCACUUUCUGGCUGUACUGGGUCGAGGAAACUUUGGAAAGGUCAUGCUUGCUGAAGACAAGAAGGGUGGCGAGCUCUAUGCUGUUAAGGCGUUGAAGAAGGAUUCUAUUGUGCAGCAUGAUGAAGUCGAAAGUGCAAAAUCUGAAAAGCGAAUCUUUCAGGUGGCGAACAAGGAGCGUCACCCCUUUUUGACGACCCUGCACUCUUGCUUCCAGACUAACACUCGUCUAUACUUUGUUAUGGAGUAUGUCAGAGGAGGCGAUCUGAUGAUGCAUAUUCAGCGUGACCGACGAUUUGGCGAGCGACGAGCAAAGUUCUACGGAUGCGAGGUGCUGCUGGCUUUGCAAUACUUUCACCAGAACGACAUUGUCUAUCGCGAUUUGAAGUUGGAUAACAUCCUACUGACUCUUGAUGGCCAUGUCAAGAUCGCCGAUUAUGGCCUCUGUAAGGAAAAUAUGCCCCAUGGAACGACCACCAGGACGAUCUGUGGUACACCAGAGUUUAUGGCCCCAGAGAUUAUCGAAGAGCAGCCCUAUGACCGCUCGAUUGACUGGUGGACAUUUGGUGUCCUCAUGUACGAGAUGCUGCUCGGUCGUGCUCCCUUCUCUGGAGAGGAAGAGGACGACAUUUACGACUCGAUCAUGGAUGACGAGCCCAUUUUCCCCCAAGGCUUUGGUCGCAACGAGCAGGCACUUCUUCAAUCGUUGCUUAUGAAGGUGCCUCAUCUUCGUCUGGGCGCAGGACCCGGAGAUGCGGAGGAAAUCAAGGCCCACGCGUACUUCCGCGACGUGAACUUUGACGAUGUGUACCACAAGCGCAUCCCACCGCCGUUCCUGCCCAAGGUGACAUCUGCCAAGGAUGUCUCCAACUUUGACCCCGAGUUUACGAGAGAGAGUCCCAGUGAGACUCCAUCUGAUUACCAGCUCAAUCAUGUCGAGCAGGGCUUUUUCCAAGGAUUCUCCUAUGUCUCGCCAUGGAUUCAACCUUAA